GCUCUGUUCUCGCCUGCUCCUGUCUGUGUUCUUUUUUCGGUAAUCAUCAUGCACUGUCUGAAACGUCCCAUAAUCCCUCGCUCUUGAUAAUAGUUGCCAGUCAUUGUCGGGGUGCUCAGACUGAGGUAAACUCAGGUGACUCUGCAGGUUUUAAAGGAGAAUCUCUGUGUUUAUUAGCCCCUCACUGCGAGCUUUUUAUCUUCUAGACAUCAUGAAAGAAACAGCGGCCAAGCGGCGGGACAAAGCGGGGGGUCGGGACCGGGACUCCAAAGCCGAGAAACCGAAGGAGCCGAAAGAGUCGGGCCCGGAGCCGCAGGACGUGGAGAUGCCGGAGGAGGAGGCGGCUAACGCGGCUAAGCAGCCCAAAGAGCUGGACAGUCUGACUCUGGAAGGUGAGAACAAAACUUCAAUUUAAUGUGAAAAUUGUUAGGAGAGUCCGGGAGCGGGACGAGGGUCAGUCCGGAUGGAGGUAGUUAGCCUGUUAGCAUGUAUGGCUAACUGUUAAAGCUAACUGUCAAAGUAAGAUUGAAGUCAAUAAAGCUGAUGUUUGCUCCUGUGGUUCAGGUUCUGGUUUUUGUUCCGACAUUGAACUGCUUUGUCUGGACCUCCUCGAUUCUCAAUAGACCAUCUUAAAGGUUUUUAGAGAUUCUGGCAUCCGGACCUGGUCUUUUGUGUAAAGUAGGGAUGUAAUGACAUGAACAUUUAACAUCACGAUUAUUGUAACUAAAAUUAUCACGGUUAUCGAUAUUAUCGCGGUAAUAUUGUUGAAAUAUAUUCAAAAUGUUUAAAAGGUACUUAUACACGCCCUGAAAUCAUUUAAUAAAGUUUCACACAGAAUACAAUUUUCCUUAACCUUCAAUAACAGAGGAACGAUAAGCUACAGACAGGGCCUUAAAAAAGCCAGAGGUAAUCAACACUAGUACUAGAAAUAACAAAGUACAAAGUAAUGUGUCAGUGGGAAAAACAUAAACGUAAUAAUAAAUAAAAGUUAAAUAAAAUGACUUUCCUUAUUGUGCAAAUUGUAAGAAUCUUCAGUGCUCAAAAAGAUCUACCUUUACAAAUAUAAAACAGAGCAACACUAUUAUAUGAAACAAUACAACCACAUGUAAACAAAAAAAAAAGUGAUCACGAUAUGUUUUGUCAUAUCGUCCGAUCUCGGUUAUUAUCACGAUUUUUUUUAAACUGCCUGUGUUAAAGUAUCUGUACUAAAAACUAAACAAAAAUAGAGAUUAGUUCAACAUUUUACUAACAUACAAAGUAAAUAACAAAGCCAAUUGAAUGAGAUAAACAUAGAAAAAUAUAAAAACAUUUUAACUCAACAGUACAACAAAUAUAGAUAAAUACUAAAUUAUACAGUGAAUAAUUUUACAGUCCUGAGUGUUUUCGCAGGUAUGCAAGACCCAAAAUAAACAAAUCGCCCCCUCAGAGAUAAUGAAGACGCCUGAAAAUGUCAACAUUAGAUGAUAGAUGAUACGAUUAAUCGCUGCUUAGGUCUGGUGGCUGCGUCACUAGUUGUAGCUAAACUGCUAAUGCUACUCGUGCCGUCAGCAGUGGCAGGCUCUGCAGACUCCGCUCACAUUUUCAUGCUUUCCAUAUCAUCACUCGGAAAGUACUUCUUCAAAUAAUUAAACAGAUCUGUUGUGUUGCCGGUUUUUUAAGGCGCUGACCGCUGACAUACCUUAUACGUCGGCUUAACUGCUCCACGUCACUUCGGAGAUACUCAAACCACCACCACACAACCGACGUUGAAUAACUUCUCAACAAUAACAUCUUCGGAGGAUAACUCAAAGUCAUGGCUGACAUCUAUUUUGCUGCCUCAGCUCCGCGUUUAGCUCCACGUUCAGUCAUUCUGUUUACUUCUCUGGUAACUUAAAAAGUGAGCAGGAGAAGCUCGACUCUGAUUGGCUGUCGUGAUGCACAUUUCUGCUAUGUUUAAUCGAGUAAAUAUGCUCACAGCUGAUCACCGUGAUCAAACUGAAAUUUAUCACGAUCAUCGAUCAUGAUCAGAUAAUCGCCCAGUCCUAAAUGCAGGUGUUUAAAUAACGUAAAAUAUGUCAACAAAUCAAAUGAACCACACCGAUUGUCUGUUUUCUCCUCCAUAAGGUGCUGCUGCUGACUUUAUUCACUACUGGAGAUUGAAAUGUAAAAAUGUCAGCAUAUUUACUUUCCUGGUUUGAGUCGUGAUCUGCGAGGGGAAAUGAUGUGUCCGCUGGCAUUGAAAAGCCUGUCAGAUGGCACGCUGGUUGCUGGGACGCACAAAAGCUUCCUGGCAACCCUCGCGACCCUUUGUAGAAGCUGAAAUACGACCAGACUUCGGACUUUGUUUUCUUUGACGGCAGAAAAAUCCCUGUAACAUGGUCUGCAGAACUGCCCGCAAAACUGCCCUUCGCCAUGUUUACAAGUUGUAUACUGCACAUGCGUGCGGCUCGCCUGUGUACGAAGGACUGCUGCGUGCGGCUGCUCUUCUCAACAUUGAGCAGUAUCACUGUAAGCUUUCCCAGAGUGCGGCAAUCAAACACGGUUUUGAAACGGCAGUACUAACUGUCAGACAGUUUACUGUGGUUGAUUAUUUUACCGGUCUACAGAUGGUCUGUUUGGUCCGUUUUUUUUCACAUAGUCAGAAAUAGAUUCAAGGUGUCACUAAGCUGAAACUGUGUCAUCAAAGGUCUGUUGUCUCCUUAGAAUAGACAGAAAUGAGCAAAAGGUAAAACAAUAAAAGGCCUCAAAGGUUAAUUAAGAAAAGAAUACAGGUAAAACAAAAGCUUAAAAGACAGUAAAGCCAAAAUAAGAUAGAGGUAUAAGAGAUGAGAGAUAAAAGACGGCAUCACGUAAAAGCAAGUCUGUAAAAGUGAGUUUUUAAAUUUGACUUAAAAGAAGCGACUGUCUUUAUGUUUUUUGAAUCAGGCUGAGUUGUUUGUCAAAGACCUGUGACGCCUCCCAGAGGGCAUGAGUGUGAACAGGUGGUGUGCAGGGUGUGUAUGGUCUGAGGAGAUUUUCAGAGCUUGCUGUGUGACUUAACUUUGAUACAGAGUCUCUAUGGAUCAGAGGGUGUGUCCGCUGAUUUUGGAUAAUCUGUUGAUAAUGCGUUGAAGUUUUGUGCGUGAGUGACUGUCCAAGUUUCCGUACCAGACCAUUAUUGAUGAUGUGAGGAUACUCUCAAUUAUGGCUGCAUAGAACUGAAGGAGGAUGAUGUGUCUGACUCUGAACUUUUUGAGCUGUCGCAAAAAAAAAAAAAAAAAACAGUCUUUUAUUGGCUUUUUUUGUAAAUUUGAUAUGCAUGUUGCUUUCAUUUAAGAGUGUUAUUGAUGUGUGCACCGAGGAGUUUGAAGGAGUCCGUGAUGGUUAUGGCUUUGGAGUUAUGAUAUCGGAUUUUUGACAAGAUCCAACACACUGAUCAUUUCAAACUCAUUUUGGCUGAAACUGAUAAGGACAGUACACACCUCUAUAUUGUAAAGAAUGUAAAGUGUGUCCUGUGAUAGAAUUGACCAGUUUCUCAUACUGUGACUCUUUGCUUUAGUUUUUUAGUGUAUUUUUGAACAAGAUAUAAACCAAGACAGACAGCAUGUGAUACUACCAUAGAUAGUAAAGGUGAUUAUUUCAAAUGUUUGAUUGGGUCUGUCUGUUUGUGACACUUUAACACAUUUCUAUAAAACCACAUAGAUGCAGAAAUGUUCAUAUCUGCAGAUACUGAUACUUUAUUUACACUAUCACCUACCGAUACUGAUGUGAUGCUGAUUAUAUUGUGCUACCCUACUUUUAUUAAUCACAUUUAAAACAACUGAAGUUGACCAAAGGGCUACAUAAGAAUAAUAUGGGCUAUCAUAAAAAAAAAAAAAACAACAAACACAAAAAACAUGAAAAAUAGAAGCAAAAAAACUAAAAAGUGCAAAGAUGUAUCACUAAUCAAACACGUUUUCAGUGUUUGGGGUUAGAAGACGACAGAAUUAAAGCUGAAAUGUGUGAAAUCACCUGAGAUGUUCAGAGUGAGGUCUUAUUUCUGUUUUCCUGCCAUCUCUUUCUUUAAAUCCGGUUGUGUUCACCCUCCUCCCUGCUCUUCAUCUCCUCCUCUUCCUCAGACAUCAAGGAGCAUGUGAAGCAGAUCGAGAAGGCGGUGUCAGGGAAGGAGCCUCGCUUCGUGCUGCGCGCUCUCAGAGCGUUGCCGUCCACCAGCCGUCGUCUGAACACCAACGUGCUGAAUAAAACCAUCAACGGCUUCUUCACCAACAACACAACCACCAGAGAGUUCCUGCUCGGCUUCUUGGAGGAGGUGAGGCUCAGCUCACAUUAAGUGACCAUUUUAGUAUUGAUUACAUCAUGCCGAUUAUUGUUUGUACAGACACUGAUACAGGUGCUGAAAUCGGGCGAUUACGUUAUCUUUUAAGGGGUUUGUGUGUGAAUGAUUUUUGAGUUUUUUCUUUAGAGAAAUCCAAAAACCAAAAAGUUUGUUCUUAAGAAAUGAACAAGUGCAGCUGCAGUCCAGUGUGACAAAAAGACAAGAACAAACAAAAAGUAGCUAACAGAACAGCUCCAAAGGGUUUUAGGUUUGCUCCUGUGCCGACUAAAUAUUUUUCACACAAUGAAAACCUAAUGUCAAUAUUUUUUCACAUAACAGGCUUUAAUCCCUUAAAUUGUUUAAAGUUUGACUCCUGUGUAUCUCUGUCCACAGCCCAUGGAGACAGCGGAAGGAGACGUCCAGUUCAGACCCAGGACGGGUAAAGCAGCAUCAACUCCCCUGCUGCCGGAGGUGGAGGCUUACCUGCAGCUGCUGCUGGUGGUUUAUUUAACCAACAACAAGAGAUACACAGAGGUCUGUUUACCUGUUCUCUAGCUUUUAGUUAUAUCUUUAAUUUUGUGUCUUUUAUAAGGAUUUGUCCGUUGGCUCUGGGAUGUAGAGAUGUUGUGCAAUAUUCGUUAAAUCAGAUUGCAGCCAACGUGUGAUUUAAAACAGUACAAGGAUGUUCAGACUUUAAAAUGUUAUUAUUUAAUAAAAAUUUAUGUCAGCAUCAUCUCUCAAAUGUAGUUCUGGGGUCAUGUUUGCCAUCAUGUGUCAUCAGCUCUUUUUUUCUAAACACUCUGUAAAAGUUAGUGAACCCAGGAGACUGGAUUCUGGACUUUUAAAAGCGGAAUGUGGUCCCAACCUUGCCUGAUACAAAAUUUCAGCUGCUCAACAAAUCAGAGUUUUUCUUUGUCAUAUUUUUUUGUGUCAUGAUACUCCAACUGUUUUCAACGGGUGUCAAGUCAGGUCGGCAGACAUGCCAGUUCAGCAGCAGGACUCUUCUACUACAGAGCCAUGCUGUUGUAAUAGGUGCAGAAUGUGGUCUGUCAUUGUCUUGCUGAAAUAUACCCAUGUGUUUUUAGCAUCAUACAGUACUUGGACUGUUUUGUUGUUCGUUUCACAAGGGUGUAAAUUAUUUGUAAACCAUCAAAUUUUGUCUAUAAUCUAGAUUUUAAACAUUUUCAUGUGGUGGUGAAGAUGUUUUGGUGUGAAAGAAAAUUUAAAGUUAUAACCGAAAACCAGUAUUUACAAUAUGGAUGAAGAUGAUGAUGAUGAUGAUGAUGAUGAUGAUGAUGACUAAGUUACCAUGACGUUGUUUGUUUCAGGCUCAGAAAGUUUCUGACGAUCUGCUCCAGAAAAUCGGCUCCAAGAACCGCAGAGCUCUGGAUCUGGUAGCUGCUAAAUGUUAUUAUUAUCAUGCUCGAGUGUACGAGUUCCUCAAUCAGCUGGACACUAUACGCAGGUACACACACGCACAUGCACACUGGAGUCUGCUCAAAAGUGGUGUUCAUACUAAUAAAGAGUGCUUAACUGUCAGAGCUAUGGUGUGUUCAGACUAAGCUCAUGUCUGGAGGGUCAGACACUCAUGAGUUUUGAUCAAAGUUCUGCUCCUCAGAUGUGAAUCAGCAUAAAGUGACUCCGCUCUCUAAGUGUCAUUUUUAGAUGUUAAAGUUUCCUAAUCUGAAGCUGCUCUUCCUCGCCUCAGUUUCCUCCACACUCGCCUGCGUACAGCGACUCUGCGUCACGACGCUGAUGGUCAGGCCGUCCUCCUGAACCUGCUGCUCAGGAACUACCUGCAGUUUAACCUGUACGACCAAGCCGAGAAACUCGUGUCCAAGUCUGUGUUCCCUGAGCUCGCCAACAACAACGAGUGGGCCCGUUAUCUUUAUUACACAGGUGAGACUCUGCUAUACAGGUGAGGCGGUUUCCUGUCCCACAAAGAUGAUUUCCUGUGUUUUUAAUCUGUGUCGUGUGACCCUGCAGGUCGUAUUAAGGCCAUCCAGUUGGAGUACUCGGAGGCUCGCAGGACUCUGACCAACGCUUUGAGGAAAGCUCCACAACACACCGCUGUGGGCUUCAAACAGACGGUCAGCUACUCUCUGAACACACACUGCUGCUCGCACUGUGAACACCUGCUUUACACCCUUGACAUAAACUUGUGUAUUCUGGAUUUUGAUGGUGAUGUCGUAUUUUGAGGGUGUGAAGUUACAUCCCUGUGUUACAGACUGAAAGACGCUGCUAUCGAUAAAAUGGGUUUACAUGUCAUCUGUAUGUUUGUUGAUCUCGAUCUCCCACACAAGUUUAUGAAUGAGACUGUAGAGGCGCUGGAGAUGAAACCAAGUCCUCUGAAUAAAAGAACAUUUAGUGAUAUCAGGUGUGUUACAGCUGUGUGUGUGUGUGUGUCCUUCUCUCUGUAGGUUCACAAGCUGCUGAUCGUGGUCGAGCUGUUGUUGGGAGAAAUUCCUGACAGACUUCAGUUCAGACAGCCGUCACUCAAGAGAUCACUGAUGCCCUACUUCCUGCUCACACAGGGUCAGUUCUCUCUCUCUCUCUCUCGCUCUCUCUCUCUCUCUCUCUCUCUCAUCUUUGUGAUAUAAGACUUUAAAGCUGUAUAAGACUUGAAUUUAUACAGCCUUUCUAUGAUACGAUACUAGUAGUAAAUAAUAAACGACUGGAGUGGGGUUAAAGUCUUUCAAUGUUUAUGUUGAAUCAUGAAGAUGGCCUUAAAAAGUCAGCAGGUCCAGAUAUUUUAUCAGGAGGUUCUCUAUAAACAUGUCGGGAACAAAAUAAGCAGACUGCUUUGUCAACAAGGGACACCAGGUUAUGGGUAUUAUUUUGGUCAUUUAUUGGAUAAAAAUAGAUUCAUUGAGUUGUUUACACAUUCAGAUUUUAGAUAUUACUAUUGCAUCUUAUUUUAUUGUUGUAUCUUAUUUGUUACAAGCAAGCACCACAGAAAACAAACCAAAACAAAAAAUGAUAAAUGAUCAAAAAACAACAAAAAAAGUUUCCUGACACGUCUAAAUGAAGUGUGUACUGUGUGUUUAAUCUGUGUAGCUGUGAGGACAGGUAACCUGGCGAAGUUUAACCAGGUGUUGGAGCAGUUUGGUGAAAAGUUUCAGACCGACGGGACAUAUACGCUCAUCAUUCGCCUGAGACACAACGUCAUCAAAACCGGUGAGCCAAUCACAGCCCAGUGCACCUCUGACAUCACAUCAUCCUGUGUUCUGUCUGUGUGUGUUUGAUCCUAAUGCUCAUACCUGUAUGGUGUAUUUUGGGGCAGGUGUGCGUAUGAUCAGCCUGUCAUACUCUCGCAUUUCUCUGGCCGACAUCGCUCAGAAGCUGCAGCUUGACAGCCCAGAGGACGCAGAGUUUAUUGUUGCCAAGGUAACCAGGAAACUGAUUUUUAAUAGUAUUAAUAUGAGGAAAUUCUCUGUAUUGAUCAGCUGACUGCUGAAAUCUGAAAAAAGCAGAGUCACAGGAGUCAGAAUACCCUGAUACUAACCUGUGUAUUUGUGUGUGUAUCCAUCAGGCGAUCCGUGAUGGAGUGAUUGAGGCGAGCAUCAACCACGAAAAAGGUUUUGUUCAAUCAAAAGAGACGAUGGACAUCUACGGCACCAGAGAGCCUCAGCUGGCUUUCCAUCAGAGGAUCUCCUUCUGUCUCGACAUUCACAACAUGUCUGUCAAGGUAACAGACACACACACACAGAUGCAUGGUGUGGCUGUGACUAACCAAUCAACCGACUCGUCCACAGCUGUAUUGGAUGACUGGAGUGAAAGACUUUGUGUCUUUGUGAGUUGGUCCAUUUAAGGAUGAAGAGCUUCAGUUUAUCGCACUUCGAUAACUCUGUGUGUCUCCUGCAGGCCAUGAGGUUUCCUCCCAAAGCUUACAACAAAGACCUGGAGUCAGCAGAGGUAACACACACACACACACACACACACACACACACACACACCUGUAACACACAGUACAUUAAUCCUAUAAGAACCGUGUUUCCUACAAGUCCCCUCAUAUUGUGGUUUCCUGUGUUUGUGGUGCGUUCAGGAGCGUCGGGAAAGAGAGCAACAGGAUCUGGAGUUUGCUAAAGAAAUGGCCGAAGAUGAUGACGACAGUUUCCCAUGAGCCUCUCUGCUGAUCUCCUGUGCAGACAGGAAUUAUAAAUAUAUGGUGUGUCUGCUCGCUGAUGUUAGUAAAACAGUUAUUAACCACAAUCCCCCACUCCCCUUGCUUUUUUCUCUCUGCUGUGUAUUCCUGCUGUGACCUCUGACCUUUGCAGCCGCUGUUUGUUGUUUCUCUCUCUCAAAUAAAACACGUUGGUUUUGUUUACAACUUUUGUUUCUGUGGAUUUCUG